AGGGAGUUGGCAACCCUAAUCGGUAUUGACCCUUUGCACCUACGUCACAAGGUCACGUGAUCCAGCGCGAGUGGACGUCGGAAGCAAGAUACGGAAAUAUGGCAGCAGAAGGAAAAAGUAGCGACCGCUAUUGUUUUUAGCAAUAUUUUUUCCUCUAAUCGUCAUGGCUUCUACCAGUUCAUCUCCAGCUCAACUGUCGUUGGAAGUUGCCCACUUAGCAGGAGUUCACAGAGAUCGAUAUGUACAGAAAUUAGAAUUAGCAGGCUUAGAAACGGACCCCUAUCUUCUCCCUCCUCUUGUGUUUGAGGAUUUGAUCAACUCGCCGGUUUUGCCGGAAUUUACGCCACACGACUUAUAUCAUUAUGUGAUAAAUGCUGUAUCCCCUUACACUGGUGCAGAUUUAAAAGCGUACAAAAGCCUGGAUGCUUACCAGUUUUUUGUUGCUGGUUGGGUCACCGGGACAAAAUGCUACGCUUACUCCGGGGGAACACAGUACCUCAUCAUGGCUAAGGUUCAUCAUAGCCAAUCCCUGUCUGAAGCACCUUUAAAGCCAUGGGUAUCUUUGAAGAAAGAUGGGACUGUAACUUGUGGCCACUGCACAUGUAAAGCAGGUCUGGGAGAGGUGUGCUCUCACAUUGCUGCUCUUCUCUACGCCCUUGAUUCUGCUGUAAAACGCCUGGAAGAAAAAAGUUGCACUGAUGGACCAAGGCAAUGGGGUCUUCCUCCAGUAAAAGCGGGUAAAGCACUUUAUGAAGAAGCCACAGGGAUUGAUUUCUCAAAUCCCUUAAAGAAACAUAACAACAAAAGCAACAAAUCCUAUAAAAAACGACAUGCAAAGAAAAUAAAAGUGUCUAUGGAUGCAACUGAAAAAUUCUACAAGGAUCUGGAUGGAGCAGCCUCAACUGCAUCAGAGAAGAGUGGACUCCUGAGCAUAUUACCAGGGUACUGUGACCAGUUCCAGCCAAAAGUGAUCUCUCUAAAAUUGCCUCAGCCUCUGACAGAAUUAUACAACCCUCAUAACCGUAAGCUGUCUGCCUCUGACCUAAUGAUGAAAUGUGAUGAGGUAUUCACGAAGAUGGGAGUCACACUAGAACAGAUGGGGGUGUGAACAUGAGAAGACAGCCAGGAAGGUGUAUGAAGACAUCGCUGCACUACAGCACCAGGACAUGAGAGUUUGCGACUCUGGACUGCACAUCAACCCCAGCCGACCCUACCUCGGAGCUUCUCCUGAUGCACUACUCUCCUGCACCUGCUGCGGAAAUGGUGUUCUGGAGAUAAAAUGUCCACAUUGUGCCAAAGAUUCAGGAAUCCUUGGUGCUACAAAUAAAAAGAACUUCUGCAUUGACAGCACAAAUGGGUUCUACACACUCAGCAGAGACCAUGCCUACUACUACCAGGUGCAAGCUCAAUUGUUUGUGACUGAGCGAAAGUACUGUGACUUUAUGGUGUGGUCUGAAUCAGACUAUUUCUUACAGAGGAUUGAGCCGAAUGUUGAUUUCUUUACAGGAGAAGUUGAGAAGGUAGAAAUGUUCUUCAGGUCAGCCAUUUUACCUGAACUACUGGCCAAAAAUAUACAUGUCCAGAAAAAUUACUAUCAGAUAUCACUGAGAGCACAGAGUCAGUGGAAGGAUUGGAGGAGGGGUGAAACCACUUGAACAAACAAUUCAGCAGCAUUGUUCAUUCUUUUUAUCAGUUCUGUUUUUAGGCUGCACAUUUUUUGUUUGAAGUGAAAAAUAUUAUACAAUUUCAAAAGUAACUAAUUACAAUUACCUGCCCUAAAUUGUAUGCAAUUGCAAGUAAAAGUACACAUACACCAAAGAACUAUUUAAUUUCUGUAGUAAGUACAAGUGAAAUGUUACUUUCCACCACUGCUAAUCAGAACCCCUUAGCACAUUUUAGGUAUGUCUGGGAAUAUUUUUAAUUUAGGAGAUGACAAACAAAAAGUUGAAUCAAGUUUUUUACUGCAAUGUUUUAAAGGAUUCAAAGAAUUCCAUUGACUACAUAAAUACAUCUGUAAUUAUCUUUUGAAAUGAUCAUCUGUUUUUGAUUAAUAAACACAAAAAAAUAUAUAUAUAUAUAUAUUUUAUUUCACUGUUUGUUACAUUGACAAGUGUAAAGUGGCAACAGUCAAAUAAAGUUGCUUUAAAUUA